CGCUGAGGGACGGGCGGGUCCCUCACGGAGGCGGUGUUGGUUUCAAAGCCUCGGUUGGAGCUGACUCCUGCUGAUCCCUCCUGUGGAAGGGCUGAUCAAAGGCCGGCAGCAGCAGCAGAUGAGCCUGUAGAGCUGGAAGCAGAGCUGCAGGAAGGCACAGAGCCAUGGCAGAGAGCUGCCCUCCCUCCCCUGGGCUCCACCAGGGCCUCAGGCAGGAUCCAGCCCCCAGGGCCAAGCGGCUCUCGGAUUCCACGGUGCAGGUGCAGGCCCUGCAGUCAGCCAAGAAAGCCUGCGUGCUGAGCCGCGACUGCAGCACCCCAAACCCUGCAGGGAGCGCUCUGCUCCCUUCCCCAGGCUCUGGCUGCUCCCUGUUCCUGGAUGAGAGCGGGCAGGACGAGCUCGGGGCCGCUUUUGCCGUGGCCAAGUACGAUGAUGUGGCCAUUUCCCUGGACAUCAGCAGGUGCUUCGACGACAGCGAGGUGGAUGAUUCCCUGCUGGAGCUGUCAGGCAGUGAGAAAGGCAAUUCUCCCUUUGAUUACACCGAGGAGGAGAUCCAGGAAAUCUUGGCUGAUGAUUCCAUGGAGGCUGAGCAGCAGCAGAACCUCCCUGGUGAGAGCCACGUGAGCCAAAGUGAGAGCGGGAAGAGCGACCAGGGGAUGUCACUCAGUGAGGCCACCCAGGAGCCUCAGGAGCAUCCCUCAGGCAGCUCUGGGUGUGAUCCUGGAGUUUUGAGUGGCUCUGCUGCUCUGGAUGGGGCUCAGAGGCUGCAGCAGGAGCUGGACCUUGACCUGCAGGAGCUGCUGAGCCUGAGCCCCUUUGCUGCUGCCUGUGCUGAGGAGGCUCUGGAGGAAAACAACCUGGAAAGAGAAACUUUGGAUGCCAUGAUAGAUGAUUGCUUGGGAUAUUCCACAGCUGCUGGGAGCUGCAUUGCUGAGAAAUCCUCAGAAAGGGCGAUGCCUAAAAGCCAGGAAAGCCUGGGGAAAUCCCUGCCCUCAUCCAGCCCUCCCUGUGGCCAGGGCACAGGGGAUCAGAGUCCAGCAUCUGGACUUCCACCCAAAAAAGAACUUCCCAAAGCAACACUGAGCUGUUUGUCAAGGAAAUCGGGCUCUCCAGAGGAUGCUGAAGGGGAAUCCAGAGGAGCUGAGCAGCCACCAGGCAGCACUAAAUUAAGGGACACAGCUGUAGGCCAGAGUGGGCAGGAAGAGCCACCCAGUGGCAAGAAAAGUGGCAAAGUAAUUCCUGUCCCACAGGAGGAGGAGGAAGAAAGGCCAAAACAACGGAGCUGCAUUUCAGAAGCACAGCCUGAGCAAAGGAGACGUUUUUCUCCAGGCUGUGCCAAUCCAAGUGAGGAAAAGUGUGGCUAUUACCUCAGAGUCAGGAACCUGCCCGUGUGCCCCAGCCCUCCCCGGUUCCGCCGCACCUGGGGCCCCUUUGGCAGGAGCAGGUCGGAGCCUCCGCUGUGCACCAAGAAAUCCUGAGCCCUGCAGAUGAUCCUGCGUCCUUCCCCCGAGCUGAGAACCCCUCCCAGCCUUCCAUUAAACGUUUUCCUCGUUCUUGUUGGACUUUAAUUGGAGAGAGAGCCCCCCC